UUCGUGACACGACUUAAAAUUUGUAUUAACUGCUACAUUACCAUCUCAAAAAACCCAUGAAAUGAAAGUAAUUCAAUAGUACACAGCACAGUACUACGUAUACACUACUUGUCCAUUUUGGAGGCCUACAAGGAAGGAUACGAAUGAAAUGAUGAUCUGGUUCUGGUGUGUGUGAGAUCUAGCUAGGGCAGGGUGUGGGUGCCCCAUAAAAGUUGGGACAAUUAUAUCGAAAAUGCGAAGCAGAGGUGUGGGCAUGGCUGUCUUCGUCACUUCCCAUGAAAAGGGAACGAUGUGCAUAUAUACUUAUGCGUGAAAAAAACACAUGCAAAGUGCUGCCACAUCUCGUGAUCGCGGCGUGACUCCAUUGAUGCACCCUUCCACCUUCGCCUGACACACCACACAUGCAUCUCCAUUCUCCACCACCAUAUAUUACUGCAUCUAUGUGCCCUUAGCUAGCUUCUUUCAUUCAUUCUUUCCAUGUGCGAUGAAUGCAGAUCCUUGAAAAGGAAGGGAUUGGAGGGCUCUCAUAAUGACUCUUGUGGCCCAUGAUACUUAUAUAGGCAAAUUUUGAGUUCUUUAUAUAACUGCUAGUUAGACACACAGGUUUCUCAUUGAGGUGCCUUCCAACUGUCUUGCGAAAGGGACCAAAUAAGCAAACGCAACCCUCCCAGCAGACAUAAACGUUUUAGCAACUUAGUGAAAAUGAUCGAUGGCGACGACGAUGUUCUGUAUUUUGUACAUGCAUGCAUGUUUGUUUUGUUUAGAGAAAUCCGUUUCUCUAUCAAUAGCUGUCACCUACGUACUCACCUUUAAUUGAACAGGUUAAGUAAGUAUUUAGUGAUCGAGUUGAAGUAUAAGAUGUGUUUAAUAUUUGUUUGAUUGUUAAGUGGGUUGUAAUAUUUUCUGUUCAUAAUUAAUCGUUUAAUUAGUUCAGCUCGUGAAUAUAUAUAUAUGCUUGAUAAGUCGGUAAAAUUCUAUCUGUGAGGCCUGGCCAACGAAGAAGUGAUUAUCUGGCGAGAUAAGGCAGCUUAUUUUUUACUAGAAUAUCUCGACUUAGCUGGUUAAUGUUCCACCUUUGCAAUACCUGAUCGCUUAUGGAAAUAAGAUCCAACCCACGUUUGGAAGCAGUCUCAUCAGUCAUCAAACAUUCAAACCGUUUAUUUCAGUUGAAUUGGAUUGGUGGGCAGUGAAGGGCCCAGUCUUGUUCGAACUGAAUUAACACUAGCAGGCCUUCAAGAAGCAGGGCCCAUGAAAAACUCGGUUUUGGUUUAUAGAAUCGAUCGCUUGGUAAGGCCCAUGCGACAUCGAGUAACCCAAGAAUAUUAAAUGGGCCUGUUCUCCUGGAAGUCCAAAAAGAAGCCCAGAUUAAAGUUGUUUCAACCCGAGGACCCGUUUCGGUAGUCUUUUGACUCUUUCGGUCUUUCCCGGUUUCCCCUAUCAGGAUUCUACAAUUCCCCGCAUUCAACGAAGACUUUUCAUUACCGUUUUCUCGCCGGCUGCUUCUGGUUCGGUGGAAAAGACAUGGCAGCUCAAUCUCUAACUACCAAUCUCCAGUCGGUCCACCAAUCCAAUCUCCAAAAAUCCAAGCUCCAAUCUCCAGUAAUCCAGUCUCUCAAACCCUAUACCCUAACGAACCCUUCAUGGCUAGGCAAUUUUCAGCCAAUCGCCGGGAUCUCUCUGCAAUCCUUAAACUCCAGAACCCGCCGCGGCUCUUCCCUCCAACCCGUUUGCGCUACCGUUUCCAGUCUCCCAACUGCGAAGCCAGAGAGGUUUGCCUCGGGUGAUAAAGUUCCCCAGUGGUCAUGGAGGGCGAUAAAGGCGUUUGCUUUGGCUGCAUUGGAGGCAAGGAAGCUGAAAUGCCCUAAAACUGGGACUGAGGCUCUUUUAAUGGGUGUCAUGAUCGAAGGAACCAGUGUCGCUGCGAAGUAUUUGUGGGGAAAUGGUAUUACGCUCUUCAAAGUGCGUGAUGAGAUCACGAAGUUGCGUGGGAAGCCUGACUUCUAUUACUUCCCUCCCGAACAACCUCCAGUGACUGAAGAUGCUCAAAGAGCACUUGAUUGGGCCGUUGACCAUAAAAUAAAAUCUGGCAUCAGUGGGGAAAUAACAACGAGUGAUGUGCUUCUCGGCAUUUGGUCAGAAACUGAUUCCCCGGGCCACAAGAUCUUGGCUACACUGGGUUUUGAUGACGAGAAAGCGAAAGAGCUGGAUUCUAAAAGUGCUGGACCUGGGUUAUUAGAGGGAUGACAGCAAAAUUUAUCAUCCUGAUUAUUGUUGUUGCUCUUCAUAAUCAGGAAUGCAACAGCUCAUGUAUCAUAACUUAUUGCUCAUGAUAGAAUUCAUAAACAGCAUGCAAUUCUUGCUCACU